CUACAAAAGAUGUAUUAGUUGUCUUUGUUGAAGUAUCUUGAACUACAUUAUCUAAUGUGGGUAAGGUCUGAAAGAGUUCAGGUCGAAGUUAUAAGUUCCGUUAUCAGAAAAGCAACGACAGCAUUUGGCGGCAAGGAAAACUGCUGGCAGUUAUCUCCCUUCCAAAACUCCACCGAACAACAUCAUUGAAGUUAUCUCCCUUUAGUUACAGUGUCACUUUCGCAGCACCUGUCCGGACAAUGUCGCAACUUUAACGUAUGUAUCUGGAAAAGCACUCUUCACUUGGAAUUAUUAAUUGAUAUUUAGAUCUCAACAGCUGGAUGAAAACCUUGGAGGAGUUUUACAUAAGAUGAAGUAACCAUAAUACUAUUGGUUACAAUGUUCAGAACCAAGAUACACGGAAGUAUAUAACUUGUAGCACCUAUUUGACCAAUGCAAAUUUUGGGAAAAAUGAACUUAAAACUUAUGAUGUUCAUCCUCUCAUUAUGAGCAGAUACUGUAAAAUUCAAUGUCUUCUGGUGCUGAAAAUUUGAAAUCUGCUCCUGCAACAGUAGAAUCAAAGCCUCAGAAACCAUCUGAAAGUGAGUGUUGUGGAAGUGGAUGCAAAAUAUGUGUUUUCGAUAUCUAUGAACAAAGGUUAAAAGCUUGGGAAAAGGAACAACAACGAUAUAGACUGUCUUCAGAGAUCCACAAUGUAGAAACUUUGCUUUCUCCAGUUGCAUAUAAGCCAUUUGUGCUUAAGAACAUUCAGCAGGUGACAAAAAACAGCUUUUGCUACCGCUUCUGUGCACCCACUGAGCAUCCUCUUAAUAUUAAUCUGGGGCAGCAUGUUAUUCUCAGGGCCACUUUGCAAGGGGAAGAGCUAUUUCGUCAAUAUACACCAAUCAGUGAUAUGGAAGCACCUGGUUAUUUUGAUCUUCUUAUCAAGCUCUAUCCAACUGGCUUAAUGUCACAACAUAUAAAAGAAUGGCAACUUGGAACUGUAGCUGAAUUCAAGGGACCAUUUGGAAGUUUCUCAGAAAAUCUCUUAAAAAAGUGGUCAAAACUAUGUCUGCUUGCUUCUGGGACUGGUAUAGCUCCAAUGUCAGCAAUUGUAAAAUCUAUUUUAAAUGAUGAAGAUAAUGAAACAGUGAUACAACUAUUGUUUGCGUGUCGGUUUUAUGAAGAUAUUUUAUUAAAAGAAGACAUAGAAAACUGGGCGGACUAUUGGAAUUUCAGAGUUCUCUACUGCCUCAGUCAGGAACAAGAAUCAAGCAACCUGGAUCCUUAUGAGGAACGCUUACAUUUUGGCAGAAUAACAAAGACUCUUGUAGAGUCCAAAGUCGGAGAUGUUGCUAGCAAUUUCUUUCUGAUCUGUGGCAGCAGGGUUUUUAACAAAGACAUGGCUAACUUUCUCACUGAACUAGGACUGUCUGAAGAACAGUAUUUUGUAUUUUGAUGAUGACUAUUGAUAUAAUAAUGAUUAUGGAGAAAACAUUUUAUAUGUGAUUCUAUUGUAAUGUUCUGUUAUGAAACUCAACUGAGGUGUCAGAGUAUUGCUAAGCAACACGUUUCAAAAAAAUUAUUUUUUAAAAUAUAUAUUUCAAAUGUCAAAAGUUAUUUUCUAUAAUGUCUGUAAUUUUCAUUGCCACAGAUGUGAGAUAGUGAGAAAUAUGAUAACUAAACGGUCAGUAUGCUAAUCACAACCUAUAAUUAAUAAAAAUGAAAGAUAUGAGUUGGAUGAGUCGCAAGAUAUUUUAGAAACUGAAAAUCUGGCAACUUAAUGAAUUAUAGUGUAUUUGGUUGUUCCUCCUGUUAUUGAGUUGUCAACAUAGGCUCAGAAAUGGCUGUGUGGUUAAAAGAUUUGCAUCACAGAUUCACAAUUAUGUAAUCCUGGGUUUGAUCCUGCUCUGCAGAAAUUUGGUAGAGUGUCUUGUCAUAAUCCAAGCUUCAUGAAUGAAAGUAAUCAUUAUCAUUAUUUAACGUCUGUUUUCCAUGCUGGCAUGGGUUUGAUGAUUUGAUAGGAACUGACAAGGCCAAGGCCCACAUCAAGUUCUAUAGUCUGUUUUGGCUUGGUUUUUACAGUUGGGUGCCUUUCCUAAUGCCAACCACUUUACAAAGUGUACUGGAUAUUUUUUUACUUGGUACUAUCAUCAGUGCUUUUUGCAUGGUACCGUGGCACCACCACUAGUGUUUUUUACAUGAUACCAUCAUCAGUGUUUUUUAUGUGGUACCAUCACCAGUGCUUCUUAUGUAACACCAUCACCAGUGUGUUUUACAUGACACCAUCAUCAAUGCUUUUUACAUGGCACCAGCACCAGUGCUUUUUAUGUGGUACCAGUAAGCUGAAGGAAAAUGUGCAAAAGCCUGUCAGAUGGACUGAGCCUGGUCUAAGUUGCUAGACUCAAACCAUUGCCUGGGUUUAAAGCCAUCAAUAGCUCCUUAGGUAUCUUCAACAAAGGUUUUUUUUGCCUAUAGUGGUGGGUGAUCUAGAGCAGCUCUAAUAUCACAGUGGAGAUUACCUACUUCACUGGUUAGAGACAUAUUCACUCCUGCAUUUGGAGACAAAGUACAGCAGCACCCUCAGCAUGCAAGUGUUUAUCCUAAAUGUUGAGGAUAAUUCAAACUCUUGCUGCAGCAAUUCAUAAUUUUUUUUCUCUCCUCUCGCUACUUAUUCAUGAAAGCCUUGUGAAAUGGCCAUAAAAAUUGCACCUCCUUCUCUGACUAUGCUAUAAAAAAGUAAACAAAAACAACUACUAACUGAUUAUUGGUCAUCCACAUGACAGUUGAGACAUACCUGAACUUUGCAAAUGCUUCCUAUAAGUUGAUCUUUGCAUGAUGUCAUAAGCAAUAUGAUCCUGGUAUAAGGAGAAAUAUUUACAGCAGGAAUACCUCAGGGAACUGUAUUAGUGCCAUUGUUUCUGAUAGCUGACUGACAGUUGAGACAUAGUUAUAAACAUUAUAUAAACAACAAGAGUGUCUGUCAGCUCUAAAGAAUAUACCUUCUCAUCACUUCUAUCAGCUUUAUAAUAAUUACUAUUUCUGUUAUAAUUAUCCUCAUCAAUAUCGAUUAUUCAUUAAAGGUGGCGUGCUGGCAGAAUUGUUAGCAUGUCGGGCAAAAUGCUUAGCUACAUUUCAUCCAUCUUUAUGUUCUGAGUUCAAGUUCUGCUGAGGUUGACUUAGCCUUUCAUCCUUUUGGUGUUGAUGAAAGAAGUGCCAGUUGAACACUGGGAUUGAUGUGAUUGACUUAUCUCCUCCCCUCAAAAACUGCUGGCCUUGUGUCAAAAUUUGAAAGCAAUAUCAAUUAUUCAUCUAUCUUUCGUCCCUUUAUAACUGAUCCUAUUUCGGAGCCUUCUGGGGUUUAACUAUCAUUGGGGACUCUAAGUCUUCCAUUGUAAUUCCAUUCACAUCUAGGAUGCUUUAUGGGAAACAUAAAUUGACAGUUCUAUAUUUAAGAGAUGAAGAAUUAUGUACAUUAUUUACAUUUGACGGAUAUUUGUCCUCAUCUUGUUUGUUGUUAACACAACGUUUUGGCUGAUAUACCCACCAGCCUUUCCUCUUCAUACACUAUGAUUAUCUCCCACUCCUUAUCUCUGCCCUCAAUACCCUGCUCACUGUAUCACUGCUUUCCCCCACCCCAUCUUUAUACUCAGGUUUUCACCAGUUACUGCAAUCCUCACUUCCUACUUACACCUUUUUGGCAAUACCUGGCUACAUAUAUUAUGACCUCUGUACCUUGGGGGCAUGCUGUGGCAAUUGCCACCAUUUAUCUCUCUUGUGCUUACUCUACCAUUCCAUUUAUGCUCUGAUCCCUGUUACUUGUGAGUAUAUCUUGGCACUUCACCACUCCUGCUCUCUGUUGCACUUUUGCUGUUACCCACUCACUCACUCUCUCUCUCUCUCUCGCUCUCUUUCCCUUGUUCUUCCCUCUGGCUGGAUAGCCAUGUAUCUCUUCUACAGCAGCACACUUGUUUUUGCCCCCAUUCUUGAUCAUUCUUUCUCCCCUCCUCUUGUUUUCUCUCUGGCUAGGUAACCAAGUAUCACCUUACAUCAGUUUGGAUUACCUUGAUAAUUUUGUAUUGACAUAUAUUUUCGAGGAUAUUAUUAUUAAUUCUAAUAAUGCUGUCUAUAUGUGUGUGUGUGUGCAUGUACAUGUGUAUAAGUAUAUGUUAAUGCAAUUGAAACAAUUGUUGAAUUUUUAAGGUGAGAUCUAAAAUAAAGAUAUGAUUUUCUUUGUACAUAUUAUUUGUUGUCAAAUACUCCAAAUUUCUUGAAAUUCUACAAAAGGAUUGUCGGAUUUACCUGUCUUACAGGAGGAUUUAUCUGGGGUUUGUCAUCUACUUACAUUUACUGGUAUCUGUUUAUUAGAAAUUUAACCAUAUUCUUUUAUACUGUGUGCUUAAUCGAUAUCUGCCAGGAUUUUUUUAAUCCUAUUUUUUUCCUCUAAUUAUAUAUAUAUUACAUCAUAUGUAAACAAACAUAAGUUUGUUUAUGAAGCACUGAAAUGUACUGUAGUACAAGUAGAAAGAUAUAUUUUUUCGAAGCAUAAGUACUGACAGAACAGCAUAUAUAGGAUAAAACCCUUACAGAGCAUAAAAAUUGCUGACAGAUUUUUCUGCUCUCUAAGGAUUUUAUCUUGUAUAUUCUGUUCUAUCAGUACUUACAUGUUGAAAAAGAUAUAUCUUUCUACUUGUAAUAUAUAUAUAUAUAUAUAUAUUUUUAUAUCAAUGACAAAAUGAGAUGUCAAAGGAAUAAAUGAUUACCUUAUGAACUUCAUUAGCUUACAGCUGUUUCUGGCUUGAAAUGCAGUAGACUCAUGGUUGAGUGCCUGAGUAACACACUAUUAUAGCUUCAUUGGAACCUUGAAUAUGAAGUGUUAUUUAUUUGG